AUGGAGGCCGACCGGUGGCCGUGGGCGCCGCCGCCCCUGCUGCUGGCUGCAGUACUCUUGGCGCUGCUGCUCGCGCUGUGGCGGCGCCUCGUGUGGCAACCGCGGGCCGUGGCGCGGUCGUUCGCGAGGCAGGGCAUCCGGGGGCCACCCUACCGUUUCCUGGCCGGGUCCUUGCCGGAGGUGAAGCGGCUGGCGCGUGCCAGCCGGAUAAGGGUUCCGCACCUGGACGUCGGUUGCCAUGACAUCAUGCCCAUCUUGCUGCCACCGUUCCACAGAUGGGUCGUAGAGUAUGGGAGGACAUUCCUGUACUGGAUCGGGCCAACCCCUGCGAUCUUCUCAGUUGAUUUAGAGCUGAUUAAGGAAGUGCUUACAGACAGGACGGGCCUGUUUGCCAAGGACUUCAUGAUCCCCGUCUUCAAAGUCCUGUUGGGCAACGGGCUCAUACUAGCAAACGGCGACGACUGGAAACGGCACAGGAAAGUUGUCCUUCCAGCUUUCAACCACGAGAGGAUCAAGAGCAUGUCGGCGGUGACGGCAGAAGCAACGGAGCAGAUGGCGCAGCGAUGGUGUGAGCAGCUACUGCACAGCGGUGCUCGUCAAGGAGCGGAGAUACAAGUGGACCGCGCCAUCUGCGACCUGACCGCAGAAAUCAUCGGCCGCGCCGCUUUCGGCACCAGCCACCAGGAAGCCGGCGAGGUCCUCGUCUUGAUGCACCAGAUGCAGAAGAUGGGCGCCAAGGCCAUGUUGGAUGGCCCCAUACUCUGGCAUCUGCCGACUCGGCGCAACCUAACGGUGCGACGUCUGGACAAGCUGUUGAGGACCAAGAUCACGGCGAUGAUGGCGACGCGGGUGGCCGCCGCCAACUGCGGCGGCGGCCGUGGCGGUGGCGGCUAUGGCGACGACCUGCUCGGGCUCCUGCUGGAGGCAUGGUCGCCGGGACGGCAAGCUGGGAGCGACGACGAAGGGACGACGACGACGCUGACCACCGGAGAGGUGAUCGACGAGUGCAAGACCUUCUUCGGCGCCGGGCAGGAGACCACCGCCACCCUCCUCGUGUGGACCAUGUUCCUGCUCAGCACGCACCCGCAGUGGCAGGACCAGGUCAGGGAGGAGGUCCUCCGCGAGUUCCGCGGCGGCGACGGCGACGUUCUCAACUCCGACACCCUCUCCAGACUCAAGUUGCUUCACAUGGUUCUGCUGGAGACACUGAGGCUCUACCCGCCGAUCGUGUACAUACAACGGACGACCGCCUCGGACGCCGUGCUCAGGGGCAUCGAGGUGCCCCAGGGGACCGUGAUAUCGAUCCCCAUAGGCCUGCUGCAGCGGGACAGGGAGGUGUGGGGCUCCGACGCCGACGAGUUCAACCCCUUGAGGUUCAGCAAUGGCGUCGCCAGAGCCGCCACGGACCCACACGCGCUGCUGUCUUUCUCGCUAGGCCCGAGAGCCUGCACCGGCAAGAGCUUCGGCAUCAUAGAAGCACAGAUCGUCAUGGCGGUCAUCCUCAGGAAGUUCACCUUCUCCCUCUCCCCGACGUACGUUCACAAGCCAAAGUAUGUUGUCUCCUUGACACCCAAAUGUGGGAUGCCUCUCAUCUUCAAGAACCUCCAUGGGUGA